AUGACCCUGACAUGUAACAUAACUGCACGAGAUCCCACGAACCUGCUAUUUGCUUUCUACAGAGAUGGAGAGAUGGUGCAGGGAUUCAGUUCAUCCAAUAAGUACCGGGUUCAAGCAGCUAAACUGGAGAACUCAGGAAAUUAUACCUGUGAGGUCAGAACCUCAAACAACAAUGUUAAAAAAAAAAGCCGGGUGUUACAUAUCCCAAUAAUAGGUGAGUAUGGAACAGAGAAACAAUAUGUGUAAAGUAUCUUACAGUAAAAAUAAUAUACAAAAAGGGGGGUCCGUCCUUUAGAGAGAUGUACAAUAAGAGCUCUGUAGGUAAACAGAGAGAGAGAGAGAGAGAGAGAGAGAGAGAGAGAGAGAGAGAUUUCACAUUUUACAGAUGCUUCAUCGGAUUAAGGUCUGGGGAAUUUGGAGGCCAAGGUAACAUCUUAAACUCUUUGACAUGUUCCUCAAAGUAUUCCUAAACUUUUUUUCCCUGGUGAAAGAUGCCACUGCCAUCAGUAAGAAUUACCAUGAAGGGGUGUACAUGGUCUGCACCAAUCUCUGGGUAGUUGGUACAUGUCAAACUAACAUACACAUGAAUGCCCAAGGUUUCCCAGCAUAACGUUGCCAAGAGUAUAACACUAACUCCACCAGCCUGCUUUCUUCCCAUAGUGCAUCCUGCUGCCAUCUCUUCCCCAGGUAAUCAAUGUACACACACCCGGCCAUCCACCUGACAAAAGAAAAUGGAACUCAUCAGACCAAGAAACCUUAUUCCAUUGCUCUAAGGUCCAGUUCUGACACUCAUGUCCCUAUCGAAGGUUCUUUCAGUGGUGGACAGGGGUCAUCAUGGGCACUCUGGUUACACCUACACAUCCCUAUAUGCAGCAAACUGCGAUGCAGUGGGUAACAUCUUUCUAUUAUGGCCAACAUUAUGUUUUUUAGCAAUUUGACCUAGAGUAGUUCUUCUGUGUACACACACCCGGCCAUCCACCUGACAAAAGAAAAUGGAACUCAGACCAGACAGACAGGCUAGCCUUCACUCCUCAUAUGCAUCAAUGAGCCUUGAGUGCUCAUUAGCCUUAUGCCGGUUCCCCAGUUGUCCUUCCUUGCACCACUUUUGAUAGGUACUAAUCACUGCAUACACCCUACAAGUCUUGUCAUUUUGGGGAGACAGACAUUUAACCAUUAUUUUUCGCUCUUUGACAGGUGCCAUUGUAAGAAUAUAAUAAAUCUUAUUCACUUCGCCUAUCAAUGGUUUUAAUGUUUUGGCUGAUCAGUGUAUAUGAAAUGUCUAUGCACAGUUAUGCACUUUAUAUUUGAUAUCUUCAUAGUACAAAUGUGGGUCUGGUUUAAGAAAUCAUGCUGAAACAACUAUUUGAGCUCAUUACCUCCUCCUUAUUAUUAUGCACCUGCAACCCCUUAUUUAAUAAGUUUUCUAUUUAAAUACUAGCUCUCUCUAUUUCCUACGCUCAGUCAUACUGCUGCAUUUUCUAUUUCAGGGUUUCCUGUGACCACGUCAAAGACUUCCUUUCCUAAUGUAGCCUAAUGCAGGUUGUCUAGACUUAAAAGCUAAAAUCUUUUAUUAUCUUUAUUUUGUAUUUGACCUCUGCUCUAAAUAGCCCUAAAUUGCAGCACAUUUACACAAUCACAUCUGGAAAUAAAUAUGAAUAGUUGCCCUCACAAUGCAUAGAUUUUUGCAUUGCAUAAAUACUAAUUAACUGUAUGCACCAUGCAUGUGCCUGUAUGGCAAUGCUGAAAAAAAAAUGCUGAACAUGUUACAGACAUUGUCUACAGAUGCCUCAGAGUACCUUACGCUUCUUGGAGCAGUGAAGUUGCCCACAAUGCAUAAAUGCUAUGGAAGUAAAGUAUCUGGAGCAAAUGAAAAAGGAACUGUCACUUCUCUCAUCAGUACAGUUGCCCUUUAUCCAUCCUGUUUAUCAGGGUUAGUGUUAAGCCUUUUCCUGCAUUAAAGGGACACUAUAGUCACCAGAACAACUACAGCUUAUUGAAUUUGUUCUGGUGAGUAGAAUCAUUACCUUCGGGCUUUUUGCUGUAAACACUGUCUUUUCAGAGAAAAUGCAGUGUUUACAUUACAGCCUAGUGAUAACUUCGCUGGCCACUCCUCAGAUGGCUGUUAGAGAUCCUUCCUGGGUCAUGGCUGCCUAAAAUGCAUUCAAACAUUCAGUGUCUCCUCCUUCUGCAUGCAGACACUGAACUUCAUUCAUUUAAUUCAUCUCUAUGAGGAGAUGCUGAUUGGCCGGGGCUCUGUUUGAAUCAUGCUGGCUCUGCCCCUGAUCUGCCUCUUUGUUAGUCUCAGCCAAUCCUAUGGGGAAGCACUGUGAUUGGAUCAGGCCACCACUUCUAAUGAUGUUAGCAGACUGCUUGUUUUUCUGAGUCUAACAGCAUGCAGAGUUACAGCUUUAGGCUUGAAUACAUUAAGAUUUUGCUAUAUUUAUGAUAGCAUGAAGGGCCCAGGGGGGCUAGAUGGUGGUGUUAACACUAUAGGGUCAGGAAUACAUGUUUAUGUUCCUGACCCUAUAGCGAUCCUUUAACUUUUGCAGAAAAAAGGAAGCUGUAUAACAUGGUUGAAAUCUUAUUUAACAUGAUUGAAAUCUUAUUUUCUAUGCAAAAGUAUCAGAAAUUAAAAAAUGCAAAGUGAAAAAUGCACCAUAUUAGGAAUUUUCACAAAUUUCCAAAAAAUACACGAGCUACGCCAGAAAUAGUAUAGUUGAUAUAUCCACUACAAUUUAAACAUAAGAUGGACAGAACUGGAGUUUGCCAAGCAGCAAGUCGUUAACAUUAUCUCCUCUUUUCUCACAGGGCCCACAAGUCAGACAUACUGGCAGACAAUUCUCAUUACCUGUCUGUCGGUUCUACUGCUCAUUGUGGUAAUCCUUGCUUUUGUGUUUAGACACAAACUUGUUCAAGCUCUUCGUAAGCAGUACCGGUACCAACCAAAAAGAG